CGCCCGGCGGUUGGAGGCGGAGCUUGGCUUUCUCUCUCCCAGAGGCUCCAGCGUGUUGCCGGCUCGGCUCCCGGUGUCGCUUCCCUUCCCGCCGCCAUGACGGACUUCAAGCUGGGGAUCGUGCGGUUGGGCCGGGUGGCUGGGAAGAUUAAGUACACCCUGAUCGAUGAACAGGACAUCCCGCUGGUCGACAGCUUUGCGUUUGAGGCUCGCAUGGAAGUGGACGCCGACGGCAACGGCGCCAAGAUCUUCGCCUACGCUUUCGAUAAAUACAAAGGGCGGGGCUCCGGCCGCCUCCUCCAUGAAUUGCUCUGGCAGAGGCACAAAGGCGCCGUGGCCCCCGGGUUCCAAGUGGUUCACUUGAACGGCAUCACGGUGGAUAACCGGCUCGAUAACCUGCAGAUCGUUCCUUGGGGGUGGAGGCAGCCGGUGGAAGAAGUAUCGAGUAAACAGAGGGAGCAGUCGCUAUACUGGCUGGCCAUACAGCAGCUCCCCACAGAUCCCAUCGAGGACUUGUUCCCUCUGCUCAACGUCACGCGCUGCUACAACGCCAACGGGGAGGUGGUGCGCGAGGAAGACAACUCCUGCACGUACUACGAGUGUCACUAUCCUCCUUGCACCAUGAUAGAGAAGCAGCUGCGGGAAUUCAACAUCUGCGGGCGCUGCCAGCUGGCGCGGUACUGCGGCACCCAGUGCCAACAGAAGGACUGGCCGGCCCACAAAAAACACUGCUGCGAGAAAAUCCGCAUUUCCCAGUACGAACCGGAACCGGAGCGGUGACUCGGCGGCCCAGUCACGUGACCGGGAUGUAUUUUGCACACUUAAUGGCCAACUGGAGCCACAGGCGCUUGAGGGUUAACCCUACGGUUCCCUGUUGCAGCGCCGGACUGCGCCACCUCAGACUGUGGGGGGGGACGGGCUUGCCCCGCCCCCUCGGCGCCUCAAUGACAAAGACUACUGUGACGGUUCCGACCCGGAGCUUCUAACUUAUGUUACUGUUUGUAAAGUCCAAUGUACAGUUUUUUUGGUUCUGUUACUUUUUUUUUUUAUGUUGGAAGUUGGUGGCGAGCGAUCCCCUGGCCCCGCCCCCAGCGACCGUCGGGGUGUUGGCCAUUCACCCGGCGAUUGUAUUGGUUGGCGGCGGCGGAGCGAACCAAAUGGAGGAGACGAGGGGUGUUCAUGAUAUGCAUGGAAAUAACCGAAACAAGUAAAUGGUGGUUUACAGCUA